AAUGGAUCUGUGUGUCUACGUGUUGUGUGUCUGUGUGUUGUGUCUGUGUGUUGCCUGUCUACGUGUUGCCUGUCUACGUGUUGCGUGUCUACGUGUUGCGUGUCUGCGUGUUGCCUGUCUACGUGUUGCCUGUCUACGUGUUGUAUGUCUACGUGUUGCCUGUCUACGUGUUGUAUGUCUACGUGUUGUAUGUCUACGUGUUGCCUGUCUGCGUGUUGCCUGUCUACGUGUUGUAUGUCUACGUGUUGCCUGUCUGCGUGUUGCCUGUCUACGUGUUGUAUGUCUACGUGUUGUAUGUCUACGUGUUGCAUGUCUACGUGUUGCAUGUCUACGUGUUGCCUGUCUACGUGUUGCCUGUCUACGUGUUGCCUGUCUACGUGUUGCCUGUCUACGUGUUGUAUGUUUACGUGUUGCGUGUCUACGUGUUGCGUGUCUGCGUGUUGCCUGUCUACGUGUUGCCUGUCUACGUGUUGUAUGUCUACGUGUUGUAUGUCUACGUGUUGUAUGUCUACGUGUUGCCUGUCUGCGUGUUGCCUGUCUACGUGUUGUAUGUCUACGUGUUGCCUGUCUGCG